CCCGUUCUCACCACACAAAAAGCACACAAACACACACCAUUUCUCUCACCAAAAAAAAGAAUGGGUUGCGAUCCAGAAUCACUGGUUCACGUGCUCUUGGUCUCCUUCCCCGGCCAAGGCCACGUCAACCCGCUGCUCCGCCUCGGCAAGCGCCUCGCCUCCAAGGGCCUCCUCGUCACCUUCACCACCCCGGACAGCAUCGGCAAGCAGAUGCGCAAGGCCAGCAACAUUGGCGACGACCCUGCCCCCUUCGGCGACGGCUUCAUCCGCUUCGAGUUCUUCCACGACGGCUGGGACGAGGACGAGCCCCGCCGCCAGGACCUCGAUCAGUACCUCCCCCAGCUCGAGAAGGUCGGCAAGGUGCUCAUCCCCGACAUGAUCCGCCGCAACGCCGACCGCGGCCGCCCCGUCUCGUGCCUCAUCAACAACCCCUUCAUCCCCUGGGUCUCCGACGUGGCCGACAGCCUCGGCCUCCCCUCGGCCAUGCUCUGGGUCCAGUCCUGCGCCUGCUUCGCCGCUUACUACCACUACUACCACGGCCUCGUCCCGUUCCCGAGCGAGUCGGCGAUGGAGAUCGACGUGCAGCUCCCAUGCAUGCCGCUCCUCAAGCACGACGAGGUCCCCAGCUUCCUCUACCCGACGACCCCGUACCCUUUCCUCCGCCGGGCGAUCCUCGGACAGUACAAGAACCUCGACAAGCCCUUCUGUAUACUGAUGGACACGUUCCAGGAGCUCGAGCUCGAGAUAAUCGAGUACAUGUCCAAGAUAUGCCCGAUAAAGACGGUGGGCCCGCUGUUCAAGAACCCGAAGGCCCCGAAUGCGAAUGUGCGUGGGGACUUCAUGAAGGCCGAUGACUGCCUCGGGUGGCUCGACUCGAAGCCUGCGGGAUCGGUGGUGUACGUCUCGUUCGGCAGCGUGGUGUACCUGAAGCAGGACCAGUGGGACGAGAUCGCGUACGGGCUAUUGAACUCCAGCGUGAACUUCUUGUGGGUGAUGAAGCCGCCGCACAAGGACUCCGGCUACACCGUGCUGACGCUGCCCGAGGGGUUCCAGGAGAAGGCCGGCGAUAAAGGGAUGGUGGUGCAGUGGAGCCCGCAGGAGCAGGUGCUGGCCCACCCGGCAGUGGCUGCCUUCGUGACGCACUGUGGAUGGAACUCGUCGAUGGAGGCGCUCGCUUCGGGGAUGCCGGUCGUGGCCUUCCCGCAGUGGGGGGACCAGGUGACUGACGCCAAGUACCUGGUGGACGUGUUCAAGGUCGGGAUCCGGAUGUGCCGCGGCGAGGCAGAGGACAAGCUCAUCACCCGCGACGUGGUGGAGAAGUGCCUGCUCAAGGCGACGGUCGGGGAGAAGGCGGCGGAGAUGAAGAGGAAUGCGCUGAAGUGGAAGGCGGCGGCGGAGGCGGCCGUGGCGGAGGGAGGGUCCUCGGACAGGAACAUACAAGCGUUCGUGGAUGAGGUCAAGAGGAGGAGCGUUGAGGUUGCCCUCGCCAAGGGCAGCAAGUCAACGACGGUCGAAGCUCCGGAGGUGGUCAGAGGAGGAGCAGCGACCAAUGGGAAGGUGGAGCUGGUCUCCUCCUCCUAAAGGGGAGGACGUGACUUGCCUGGCGCCGCCGACACGUGGAUGAGUUGAUUGGAAGGUCCGGCCGAAAUCAGACCAGGCCUGGUGAUGUUGGGGAUAAAUCUUGGUUUUGAUGGAAUAGGGAUGGA